UCACACCUCUUCCUAUCUAGAGAAAGAAAGAGAGAGAGCUAUUAAAAUCAGACAACAACUUAAAGAUGACUUUGAGCAGUACAGUCGGGUCUUACUCUCUUGCUCUUCCUCUUCAGUCUAUUGAAGACUUAAACUAUUCAUCAGAGGCCGGUUUGUAAAGCAUCAGCAGUGAAAUCAUCCUGGCAUCAUUCUACACCCUGAGUCUCUGCUGAAUUUCUGUUUGAAAUACAAGGCUGACUACAAGAAAAGACAUGAGGGUGCAAACUUUCUCAAGGGUGCAGAUUCUGCAGGAGUUUCAAUUGCGAUGCCAGGCACUCGCUGCCAAUGACAACAGAGGCUUUAAGCAGGAGUUUGAGGAGCUGAAUGAAGUUGGUAAAGACCUCGCAACCAGAGCAGGGGAGUCAGAGGUCAACAGAGAAAAGAACCGGUACCCCUACAUUUUACCAUAUGACCACUGUCGGGUGAGGCUGUCCGUCCAAAACUCCAAUCCACACACUGACUACAUCAAUGCAAAUUUUGUGCCUGGUGGAGGGUCGGAGAGAGACUUCAUCUGCACACAGGCUCCUUUGCACAACACCAUGGCUGACUUCUGGAGGAUGGUGUGGGAGCAAAACGUCAGGAUAAUCGUCAUGGUGACAGCUCUGAAACAAAAGGGCAUGGUGAUGUGUGAUAAGUACUGGCCUCUGGAACAAGGGACAGUUCAUCAUGGACUGAUCCAAGUGACAACAGUGACCCGCAAACAAGGUCCAGAUUGUUUUAUCACGACCAUUAACCUCAGACAGAGACACAGUCCAACAGACAGGGUAGUCACACACUACCAUUACCCUUGCUGGCCGGAUCGGGGCAUCCCUAAAGACUCAUCCUCUGUAUGUGCCUUCACUGAGCUUGUGCGGCAGCAUUUGGAAGCCAUCCCUCGCCUGGGGCCGGCUGUGGUGCACUGCAGUGCAGGUGUUGGGCGGUCAGGGGCAUUUGUUACAUUGUUGUGGUUGAUGCAGCUGUGCGCGAGGGGCAUCCUGCCUGAUGUCCGGGCUGCUGUGGAAGAUCUACGACUGCAUCGGAUGUGGAUGGUCCAGAAUCUGGUGCAGUACAUAUUUAUACAUCAGUGUCUGCUACAAUGGCUCAGUGGAGGAACAGGAGGAACCUCAGCAAGCUCCCACCCACACAUUCAGGGAGCCAGUUCGAAUAUUAACCCCCACUCUCAGGACUGACCUCACAGCUCCUCAGGACGGGGAGAGCGAACUGGGAGGAGGAGACGUCACCAUCACAGACAGAAACCUCCAUCAGACCCACCACAGAACACGAUACAGCAGAUUCUACACCCUGGGAACCUGCUGAGGAGGUUACUGCCCUCUUCGUCCCUAUUUAAACCAGGCUCACACACUCCCUGAACUCACAUACCUUAAAGCUGAUCAAAGAAAAACACAGGCAAGACACUGAGUUAAAAACACACACACACAAUAAACCUGAGAUGCAAGGAUAAAGAAUGCAGAAAUAAUGCUUUGUGUGCUGUAUGACGACAGGCCCUGCAGGCAGAAAACUGGCCUGACAACAUGCAAAUGCUGGUGAAGAAACCAGAUGCAGCUGGUUGUGCUGUUUCCAGGAGGAAAAAUGAGAGAAAUCACCUGUCAUUCAGGUCAAACCUGUAACUCUACUGUGAAUUACUUACCACAAGGUUCAUGAGAACACAAAGCUGCUUCCUGUGAACACUAAUGGCGCACACAAGCACAAAAGAGAAACUUGUAUUUUAAACCCAAACUGUCAACUGUGCUGUGUGGGCAGUUGUUUGUAACGUUUGUUUUCCUCCAUUACUGAUAAAGUGACGGUGUGAGAUGACUUUUA